AGUGAAAUGUCCUUAUAAAGGAUGACUGCUAUAUAAUGGUCCGAUUGUAUUAUAAAAAAAAAGAAAUUCCUCCGACCUUUACCCCAAAUUUCAACUACACACUUAUGGACCCCCCUGAAUAUUUAAAAAAUGGAAUUAUUAUUCCCCGAAAACUCACAUCCAGAUGUGUAAUGGAAAGUGAGCAACACGCACCUGUCAUGUAAUGCCACAUAAUUUUCACGUAAUAUUAAUUAUUAUUCUUUAAUAUAUAUAUAUAUACUCUUUCUCAACAUCUUUAAUAAGCUAAUAUACCUUUUAUCCUUCUCUCUAACUUUUCUCUAGCUUCUCUUUAACUUUUCUCAACUCUUCAACAACUUAGACCGACAACGGUUGUCUCUCGGAGCUUCGCUCGGCGAAGCUCUAAUGGAUACUAUGAAAAAUCAACAAUUUUCGCUUUUCAGAAACUAAAAAAUUAAUAUUAUUCAUUGUUAGUUUUUUUUUUUUUGCUUAAAUUUUUGUAUUUUGGAACAGUCACAUAUAAAACAUUGAGAACCACAUGUAGAUUAUUCGUCUUUUAUAUUUCUUGUUCAUUUUGUGUUCAGUUUUUGAAUUCAAUAAGAGAUUUUUGGAUUUUGUUUUCAUGAAUUGUGUUGAAUCCCUGAAGUAUUUGAGUUUGAAUGCAGAUUUAGGAUUUGGGUUUUUGGUGUUUGGGCGGUUUGGACAAUUGUAUAAAGUUUUGCGGUUGUUGUUGUUGUUUGGUUUAGGAUUGAGGAUUUUGCAAUUUAGUUGGUAUUGUAAGGGUUGGAACCGUUUUCUUUGUGAUUUUUGUGGCAAAUCAAGUGAAUUGAGAAAUGGAUGUUGUUCCAAAAAUGAUUUUGAUGGGAAAUGGAGUGAAAAAAUGAAGUCUUGUAAGACUGGGUUGUUGAUGAAUUCGUACUUAGAAGAUGAAAAAAAUGGUGGUUUAUUGGAAUUGGAUGAUGAGAAGGAAGAGUUUGAAGAAGAGUGUAAUGAUGAAUACAAAGUGUUUGAUGUUUUGUCAUUGAGAAAAAUGGUAAAGAUGAAAAGACGGAGAGCAAGUGUUGCUUGUUUGGAACUUGAAAAGGAGAGAAUGACAGCAGCAACAGCUAAGGAAACAAUGUGGAUUGUUUUAAUUGUAGUUCUAUACCCUAUACGUUAUGGCUAUCCUUUUAAUUGUUUCAUUGCAUACGUUGCAAGAGAUAAACGAAAAGCAUAAAUGUUGUCAUAUUUACUUCUUUAAUUUAUGGACAUUCAAUGCUGCUUUUUACGAAGAUAGUUCUA